CUUGAUUGGUGUAGCCUGGGAGGUUAAAGUUGAAGCGGAACUGAAGCACAACCAAACUUUUCUGGUUUAUACGAAUGUGAUAAGGCAAUAGCUGCUGUUGUUAUGUUAUUCAAGUCACUAGUAGGGAGUGCCUGCACUCUACUUGGAGCUGCGACAGCCUUCAAAUUUGCACCUGUGGACGUCCAGGCCCAAGCAGCUGCUCUGCUUCACAGCGCAGUGAGGAAAUCCUCUCUGGUGGAACAAGCAAAUAUGAGGGUUGAACUUCUCCCAGCACUCAGUGACAACUACAUGUACCUCCUGAUUGAUGUGGACUCCAGAGAAGCAGCUAUUGUUGACCCCGUGGAGCCAAUAAAGGUUGUGGAAGCUGUCAGAAAACAUGGUGUGAAACUCACGACAGUUCUGACAACUCAUCACCACUGGGAUCAUGCUAGUGGAAAUGAGAAGUUGGUAAGGCUAAUGCCAGGACUGAAGGUCUAUGGAGGAGAUGACAGAGUUGAUGCUAUUACAAAGAAAGUUUCUCAUUCCAACAAUUUCAAACUUGGAUCACUCAAUGUCAAAUGCCUGUUUACACCAUGUCACACGACUGGUCACAUCUGCUACUAUGUGACAAAAGAAAACAGCACUGAGCCACCAGCUGUUUUCACAGGGGACACGCUGUUUGUGGCUGGUUGUGGUAAAUUCUUCGAGGGUACAGCAGAGCAGAUGUACAAAGCCUUGAUAGAAACUCUUGGACGCCUGCCUCCUGAAACACGUGUUUACUGCGGUCAUGAGUACACUGUCAGCAAUCUGAAAUUUGCACGUCAUGUGGAACCAGACAAUGAAGCCAUUCAGAAGAAGCUGGUAUGGGCGAAGGAGAAAUGCAGCAAUGGAGAACCGACCAUCCCGUCCACUUUGGCAGAUGAAUUCACAUUUAACCCCUUUAUGAGAGUAAAAGAGAAGUCCGUGCAAGAUCACGUAAAGCAGACAGAUCCGAUUGAAACCAUGAGAAGUCUCCGAAAAGAAAAAGAUGGCUUCCGGGUGCCGAAGGAGUGAUGUCCAGUUCACUUAUGCUGACUCUGAACAACUACUUACAACACCACGAGCUAUCAACAGUAUACUGAUCUGCAAUUCAUCUUCAAAGCCACUUGAAAUAGAUCUACUACAUUAACUCUCAGUCAAGGCACGCAUUUUUCAUCACUAUAUUUAGCCCUAAUAUGGCUAUAAAUUAUCCGUCAUUAUUUUACUUGUAUUUGGUUUGUUUGGAUGAUGUUGUUGUGAUAGUUUUAAGGAAUAUAUGGCCAUUAAUUUAAACACUUCAAAUGAGAAAUGAGUUUGUUAAUCUGUAAAUGGGAGUUUUAGAGUCUAUUUCGUAUUAUGUAAUAUAUUGAUGUACGAACUACUAUUUCAUGAAGUGUUCAAAUUCAAAAACUUUAUCAAGACAAAUGUCAGAAUAUGUAAAAUUUAUGUAAAUUGAUAAAGUAAUUUCUGUAAAGAUUCGUAUCAAUGUUUUAUUCUCACCUGGAAUGUUUCCUCAUGCCAUUUCUUUUCAUAUUUGCUUUGAAGCCAUUAGUUUGGUUGUUUAAUAUAUAAAGUGCUUUUUUAUUUCUUCCUUUAUUGAAAAGCAUUCUGUGAGCAAAGCAUUGUCUACUCGUUGGUGUGUCAGCAUUAAAUGUUAGAUACUUAAUGCUCUUUUGCAUGUGAAGUACAGUCUUACAAAGAAUAUUGCAUGAUGUUCUUUCGAAAAAAUAAAACACUUAAGUCAGUAGAAAAAAA